AAUGCCCGGUGAAGCCACAGAAACCGUCCCUGCUACAGAGCAGGAGUUGCCACAGCCCCAGGCUGAGACAGGGUCUGGAACAGAAUCUGACAGUGAUGAAUCAGUACCAGAGCUCGAGGAACAAGAUUCCACACAAGCAACCACACAACAAGCUCAGCUGGCGGAGGCAGAUGAAAUUGAUGAAGAACCAGUCAGUAAAGCAAAACAGAGUCGGGGUGAAAAGAAGGCACGGAAGGCUACGUCCAAAUUGGGUCUUCGACAGGUUACAGGGGUUACUAGAGUCACUAUCCGGAAAUCUAAAACUAUCCUCUUUGUCAUCACAAAACCAGAUGUCUACAAGAGCCCAGCUUCAGAUACCUACAUAGUUUUUGGGGAAGCCAAGAUUGAGGAUUUAUCUCAGCAAGCACAGUUAGCAGCUGCUGAGAAAUUCAAAGUUCAAGGUGAAGCUGUCUCAAACAUUUAAGAAAACACACAGACUCCAACUGUACAAGAAGAGAGUGAAGAGGAAGAGGUUGAUGAAACAGGUGUGGAAGUUAAGGACAUAGAAUUGGUCAUGUCACAAGCAAAUGUGUCAAGAGCAAAGGCAGUCCGAGCUCUGAAGAAUAACAGUAAUAAUAUUGUAAAUGCUAUUAUGGAAUUAACAAUGUAACCAUUUGAAAGCCAGGAAUUUUUUUUUCUGGUAUUUCAAGAGGGUA